AGCUCACAUCACAACCAGUUUCGAUUGAAAAAUAAUAUUAAAAAAAAGUAAAAAUAUUUCCCCAAGGAAAUUCUACGGUAUUGGUAUUGAGGAUGUCGGACUACUCAAAGUUUCUGUCCAACUUGACGGAUCAGCUGGGCCUUCUGCAGGGACUUUCGCCGAAAGGAUUUGGAGGACUGGGCGGUCUGGGAAACUUGGGCAACAAUCUGGGCAACCUGGGAAACAAUCUGGGCAACCUGCGCCCCGCCCACAAGGCUCUGAUGUGCGUGGGAGCGGCCACCGUGGCCUGCGUGGUCCUGGGCCUCACUGUCAAGUCCUUGAGGGGGCGUGGCCGCAAGGACGACAAACGGAGGAUCAUCAAGGUGCGAAAUGGAGUGCCGAUUCAGCGUGACCUUGAGGGGUCUGUCAAGGACGACGGGUCCGUUGGUGAGGGGAACGUCAAUGUGGUGCACAAUGUAGACUAAGGCCUGGAGGAUCCCAAUUCGAAUCCGAAGCUCUAAGGAUCCCCAUUAUAGAAAACACGUCCCACGAAAUUUCCCCUCCACCACCACAUUUGUUUGCGCGUUCAUAAGUUAUCUGUAUAUUUUGUAAUUUUAUACCGUUUACAAAAGCGGUUACACAAACAACAUCUGUUCAAAAUUUUAUAAAUGCCCUUUCACAUUCCACAAUUUUCGAAACCUAACAACCCACAAAUUUAAUCUUGGUAAUAAACUCUUCAAUUUAACAACAUUAAA